GAGCGAGAGCCAGAGAGAGAGAGAGAGAGAGAGAGAGAGAGAGAGAGAGAAAGCGCUAAACAACCGAGAAGUCGAGAAAGCAGCACCGAGAGACGCCGACAUCUGGCCACACAUCAUGAAAAGACAGCAGAACAUCUGAGGAAGCAAGAAAAGCGUCGACAAUUCUGUUAUGAGAGAAGCAUGGAGUUCCCAGACCACAGCCGUCACUUGCUGCAGUGCCUUAGUCAGCAGCGUCACCAGGGCUUCCUGUGCGACUGCACGGUGCUGGUUGGCGCAGCACGGUUCCGUGCUCACCGGGCCGUAUUGGCCUCAUGCAGCAUGUACUUCCACCUUUUCUACCGGGACCAGCUGGACACCCAUGAUGUGGUGCGACUGAACAGUGACAUUGUGACAGCACCAGCAUUCAGCCUGCUCCUCGAGUUCAUGUACGAGGGUAAGCUCGAGUUCAGUACGCUGCCAGUGGAGGACGUGCUGGCUGCCGCCAGUUAUCUGCAUAUGUAUGACAUUGUCAAAGUGUGCAAGGGAAGACUGAAAGAAAAGGAACUGUCCUGCCUGGAUGAGAAACUUGUUGACAGUGUGAGUCUGAGCUGCCUGGACAGAGAGAGCUUGCAUGACAGGGAGAUAGAGUCCUGCAAAAUCCCCCUGAGAGGCCAAAUGGCAGAUGACAUGGACAUAGAUGACAUCACAGAUUGCGAUAGGCCAGCAAUGGCAAGGCAGAAGGCUAACGGUCACCUUAGUGGGUCUCCGGACCUUGUAGGUGUCAAUUAUGUGUCAGUCGAGGCCGAGGCCCAUGUGCGAACAGCUGGAAAAACGAAUGUGGACGUCAGCGGUGCGUCCCAAAGGUCCCGGGCGCUCCAUGACACGGACAGUGCGCUGGACUUGUCUUUGAAGGCUCUGUCGGGCAGAGAUGUGGGACAGCUGGCCCUCGACAGGCAGCAGCAGGGCAUAGAGAUGCACGCGCGAGACGAACACGGCACACUGUCAGUGAAGGAGGAGGGUGGGGGUGCCAGCUUUGGGAAUAGUGUGCCCAUGACAGGGUUCGAUGCCCUCUUUAGGGGCAAAAAUGGCACUCUGCUGCCCCCAGAGGAGCACCUUAUGAUGGAGGAUGAUGAGGAGGAGGUGGUGGGGUUGGACGCUGAUGAAGAUGAGGAGGGGGUGGGAGGAAGGGUGGGAGUUUUAGUGGCACAAAGAGCACGUAGUCACAGCCGAGAGGGGAGCGAGGAGGCUCGAGGAAGAAGUGAAGCGCACAGUGAAGAGGAAGAGGACGACGACGAGCUGGUCUCCUCGGACCUCGCUGCACUUCUGCCACCAACAGGCACUGUUCCAGUCUGUGUGUGCCCACUAUGCAGCAAGGCAUUCCCAACGCCUCACGCUCUGCAGCCGCACCUGAGCUCACACUUUCGCGAGCGGGAGGGCGCCCGCACCAAACUCUCGCCCGACGCUUCGGUGCCUACCUGUGCUCAGUGUGGCAAAACCUUCUCAUGUGCAUACACAUUAAAGCGGCACGAGCGCACACACUCGGGUGAGAAGCCCUACACUUGUGGCACAUGCGGCAAGAGCUUCCAGUACUCUCACAACUUGAGUAGGCACGCCGUGGUGCACACACGUGAGAAACCUCAUGCCUGCAAGUGGUGCGAGCGCCGCUUCACACAGUCAGGAGACCUGUACCGCCAUAUACGCAAGUUCCACUGCGCCCUCGUCAAGACCCUCUCUGUCGGAUAAGCACACUCCUUUUCUACUCUCAAAGGCUGUUUUUGACCUAUAUAUAUGAAGUAUUUAAGCAUAGAGGGGAGUCCUUCUCUAAACCCUAAGACACAGUGGUUGCACUCGACCGGCUGUAGAUAUGUUACAACUUAAAAUUGGAUCCAGUAUUUUGCUGUAUUUUAAUGCAGUGUUUAGGACUCAAGGUCCUAUUGGAGUCCUUCCACCCAGUGGAGAAGUGUGAAGUGAAGAUUUCUGAUGCACUUGGUCUGUCACUGGCAGCGUCUUCUGAAGUUCAAUGAUAAAUAUGAAUAUUUUUUAUCAUGUCAACAGUAGUAUACAUUUUGAAGUAAUUGCAUUUCACUGAAUGGAUGCAACGUUGUAUUGAAUUGAGCAAUUGAAAAUUUUAAGUUAUAUCUGCAAAUUAAUUUAAUCAUAGAUUCAUAACUGACCGAUUUUUCCAAAAGAGAAGUUGGAAGUGAUUUAUUUGGCUGUGACUAGUUUAUCACUUCUGGGGAAACAGGGUCAUGUGUUUCCUCUUGAAUUGGAAACUGUUUGUGAAAUAAUACAAGUAAUGCACAAGUCAUUUGAAAAGACAUGUACUAAUUUUAUUAUUACUGUAAUACUGCAGGUUUUCUGCAAAAGAACUAAAAUGAAAUCAAUUUGAACUUUUUUUUUUUUUUGAGAAGCUGAAUGAGGUGACAAGGACCUCUGGAUGUGAUUGAACUAAAAUAACCCCUUUUAAUUAAUUAGCUAGCAUUUUUUGGUGGGUCUUUAUUAAUCCUAUUGAACUGGAAACACUAACAAUUUGACAAAUAUUCUGGUGGAACAUGAAUGUCGGAGCCUUUAUUUUGUUUUUUAAAUUAACUUUAUCCUUUCUUUCUACCUAA